AUGGCAGACGAAGGACUUGAAGGGUCUUGUGUUUGGACUACCAAAUCAUGUGAUCAGCUACUGCUUAUCCAGACAGCACCUGACUGUGGGUACCACACAGAACAUACAGCUCAGAACGAUGCUCUGGAGCAGAAUGGUAAUGUGCAUAUUCGCUGCCUGGAUGUUGAUUUGUCAUCCCAUGUAAAACAGCUGGCUUUAGAUGCACCUGGACAUGAUUUAUUUAAGAAACCUUCAGAAGUGGAAUACAAUGAUCCGGGAGGUAAUGCAUUCAACAGUUUUCUCUUUCAUGUUGUUCAAAUGUUGUUUUGUUUUUUUCCUUUUUUGUUAGUAGAAUAGAACAGAUUAUGAGCGUUCAGUAAUAAGUGCACUAUAAAGGUAUUUCAGAAUUAGUAACGUGCUACAGACCUUUCUAGGUGCUUAUUACUUAUUCCCUUCUAUGUCAGGGGAUUGUGGUUUAUGAUGUGCCCUCAUCCUAUGCACACAAAAUGGAUCAAAAUCUGCUUUUAUUAUUUAAAGGCUCAUGCGUAUUCUGCAGCAUGGCACAGUGGCUGUUAGCAGAAUGAUCCCCAUGAAUCCACUUCUGUACACUUCUCAAUGACCAGAAUGGUAGACCUUCACUCUUCAAUUAUAACUUAACCCCUUGUAGUCCCAUGUCGGAAUAUAUCCGACAAAAUAGUUUAUAUCCUGUGGUCCAAAGUCGGAUUGCUCCCUAGAGAGUAGCGCUGAUCCUCCGUGCCAGGUGCUGCUGUUAUGGGCAAAUGCAAAUAUUACAAGUUUUAGAAUGAAAUGUUGUAUUUCUUAAACUGUGUACUUUGUCUUUAAGAGAUAUUGCAAACUGACAAGGUGUUAGAAAUGGAACAUAUUGUUUUUCAUAACUGUUUCUUUAAGCAAUAACCUCAGUGCAUAAUAUGUUUGCGCCAUUUUGUCCCAGACGAAAUACAAUAAUGCAUAAACAAGCUUCAAGGCUAUGCUACGACUCUUUCAGUACACAAUAUACUGUGGUAACCUUAAGUAGAUAAGGAUGUCCAGACUUUAAGAUGCCAUCUUGAACUAAGUCAGGAAAAUUUCCAUGACGUAUGCACCUUUAGUUAUGGCCUUGUAUGUUUGCCAAAUUAAGGGAGGUCCUUAAAUGAAUAAAGUAAAAGAAGUGUUACUUUUUGCACAUUUGAACUACAGUAACUCUAAAAUGGAGACACCUAAGGUAUAAAUAGGUGUACUUUUAAAUGUUAAGAAACAGAGGAGAGACUUGGAGACAGACGCUGCUCCAUCUUAAAAUGACAGAGAGGCUGACAUGAUGACAUGUUCAGAAGGGUAUGUUAACCUAGUAAUGAUAUUUGCAAGCAUGUAAUUUAAUCUUAUAUACUCUGCUAUAAUGGAUUUUAUAUUUAUAUUUUUAUAUAAUAAAUAUCCAAAAGACAAUCUUGCUUCCAAGACAAUCCUUAUUUUAUAUUGUAUUCUCAAUUAUUUAUAUAUGUUAAAUAGAGAAUCUCUUACACUAUAUAAAAUUAUGGCUAAGAUAUCUGUAUGGUUAGCCCUACUAAGUUCUAUGCUUUAAGACAUUAUAGUGGUAAAUAAGGGAACCAGCCACGGUUACACUGCAAAGGUGUGUGUGAUGCACACAGACUGGAAGGUUAUGGUGCUGGAACACAAGCACAGGUUGCAUUCCACCAGGAGAUUGCGGAGCUCUGUUCGCAAUACGAUAUCCAAUUCCGGUGUAAAUUGUUCAAUUUAAAAAAAUAAAUUAGACCUGUUGGAGCUCUUACUGAAAAUAUAUUGUACCGCAAAGAGUUAAUACAAAUAAAACCAAAAUUGUUUCAAAAACUCAGUAUCUAUUUUUUAGCAAAUCUGUUUACCACAAUGUCUUUCUGUAUAUUAUGCAACUAUAGCCUGUUGUGUACUGUCUUGUGGCACACAUGAGUUUCCUUUUUUUUUUUAUUUUUUUUUUUGCAAUAUUAUUUUUUUUAUGCUUAUGUUUACCAUCCUCAUUUUUCUUUCCUCAGAUGUAUGUUUAUUGUCCCAGGAUUUACUUACAGACACUAUUACCUCAGAGCCUCCUAACUAUUCUCCCAGGAAGGGAAAUAGGUCCCAAAGCAGAAACGUUGCCUCCAGUACAGAGAGAAUUCUUCAAAUCGGAAGAUGCCACCAGUCCAGACAGGAAAAUCUCAUGUGUCCUAUUUGUCACCAUGAAUAUAAGUCUCCUAGUGAACUCAAGGAACAUUUUAAAAGCCAUACAUCUCCCCAUACAGACUUUAACUGCUGGGUGAUCAGUUGUCCCUUUACUACACAUAACCGCAAGAACUUCCAGGCUCAUCUGAAGCAAGAACACCAAUUAACACCUUUUACCUGCUCCCAGCGCACCUGCAAACUUCUAUUCCCAAGCCAUGAUGAAAUGUUACUGCAUUCCCGCAACCAUUUCCCCUUUCACUGUAAACGCUGUGACUUUGUCAGCUCUAACGUAAAAAUCUUCACCCAGCACCAUAAAACGCACCCCAGGGACGAGGAAACACAGUCUGGCAUAGAAACACUGGAGUCAAUGCUGAAUUCUUCAGAUCCAGCUGAAAACCUGGCUCAGAACAUGAUACAGACAGGUAAGUAAACAAAGUGACAGACACCGCCACCACCACCUCAAAAUCUUAUGCUACUUAUUAUUGUUAAUUUUUGUUUCCUAAAGGAUCAUUUUAUAUUUGUGCAUUGAUUUGGUUUUAGGUUGCAUUCUAAAAGUGUGUUUUAGUUUUAUACAGUACACAUGUGUGGUUUGUGCUUUUGAGUAGGUACACCUGGUCUCUUAGCAGCAAUAUUGAUUUACUCAUUCAAUGUCUAUUUAAACUACAGCAGUUAAUAAGCCAGUGAUAUGUCAUUUUGCUAUUAUACAAAGUUUAACAUAACAUCUGCAUUUAUUAUUUUUUUUUAAGAUACAGGAGCUAGUCAGGGUUCAGUAGCGGUGGAGAGGCCUAAGAAACAGAGAAAGUCUGCAGUUCUAAGUGGACAGGUUGCAGGAAGCCACAGUGAUGGGGAAAGGGAAUCUGCUCGAACUGUCAAGAAAAAAGCUACAAAAUCCAAAACUGCAGUCUCUGCCAAGACCAAGGAAUUUAAAGGUACAGUUAUGGGGUGAGAAGUGAUGAAUUGCAUUUAGUACAAGGAAGAUCAAACUUCUGUCAAUAACAUUGCAGGCACAGAAAUCUCAUAUUAUUAGUAUACUAUACAAUGUCUUAAAAAUGAAAGAAAUGGUACACUGGACAAAUAUGUCAUCAUUAUAGGAUUUUUCAAUUCUACUUUUUGGAUUGCAGUAAACUCUGUGUGGGAAUGAGAACUGUGGAAAAGAUUACAUACAGGGUGGGGGUUGCUGACCUAUUUAGAUUUAGAGAUUUCUAAAAACACGAAGCUGCCAAUCAGGACCUAACUACAGUUCUUCUAAUAGUCAAUGACCAGAAGAUUUAAAUUUUUUUUUUAAAAAACCCUCAGUAGUUGUAUUUUAUUAAGAGAGCUCAGUAGUUUGUACAUAUGACGUUUGCACUAGUUCCCAUGUAAUAUUUUAAAGGUUAUAUGUGAGCUGUAUAUAGAGGGCUUCUUAAGUCGUAGGUCAAGAUACCCUGCUAGAAAACAUAUCUUCUGUGGAGAAUUCUGCCUCUAUUUUGGUUAUUUUCGGUCUAAAACUAGCAAUUCCAAUGUCACCUGAACAAACAUCUAUUGAAUUAGUUAAUAACCUCCCUUAGAUGUUAUAAUCGCUUGCUUGUCUGGAAAAAUAACACCACAAACAUGUGUUUUCCUUUCAGGGCAUGUAGAGAAAGGAAAAGAGCACUUGUUUAAGACACACAUGUGUCCCGAGUGUAAACGCUGCUUUAAGAAGAGGACCCACCUAGCAGAGCACCUUCAUCUUCAUUUUCCCGACCCUAAUCUUCAAUGCCCCAACUGCCGCAAAUUUUUCACGAGCCGCAGCAAACUGAAGAUCCACAUGAUGAGGGAGUCUGGAGAGAAGACUCACCGCUGCCCGCUGUGUGAUUACUCCUCUGUGGAAAGUAAUGCUCUUAACCGUCACAUGGCCAGCAUCCACGAAGGGGUGUCCAACUUCUAUUCAGACACCUACUCUUGCCCAGUGUGCAAGGAGACCUUUAAACUGAGCCAGUCUCUUAAAGACCAUAUGAAGGUACAUGCAUCACAGCAGAAGAUGCUUUCAUGCUUCCAAGAGGGUUGUAACCAAGCCCUCUCGGACCGUAAAGAGUUCUUACGUCACCUUAAGGAAGCUCAUGGCAUCCGAGGUGUGGAGUGCCAGUACCACGCUUGCUCACUGCUCUUUAAGUCGCAAGAAGAGAUGGAGCAGCAUCGGAAGAUUCACUAUGCUUUCCAUUGCCAGGAGUGUGACUUUGCCUGCUCAAACAAGCACGCUUUCCGCAAUCACAAGAAGAAAGGGCAUCCAGGCAAGGAAGAGUUGUCCUGCCACUUCUGUCCUUAUAAGAGUUUUAACCCUGUGGAGUAUGCAGACCACAUAGGGAAGAUGCACGCUAAUGAGAAAAUUCACCGAUGUGGGGAUUGUGAAUUUGCCACUGCACACAAAAGAGUUCUCAUCCGCCAUUUGUUACUGCACACUGGUAAGAUGAAAAAUUAUAAGUUUAACCAUUUAAUUUCAAGCAUGUCGCAUGCCGGUCUACCCUGCGAGAAAACUGUCUAAUUUUUUAUAAUGGUUAUUAUGUGUGAUGUUUUUUUCUUUUUUCUUUUUUUCUUGUUUUAUAGGAGAGAAACCUCAUAAGUGCAGCCUGUGUGAUUUCACCUGCAGAGAUAUCAGCUACCUCUCCAAGCACAUGCUCACUCAUUCCAGCGAAAAGAACUAUAUGUGCAGCGAGUGCGGCUACAUCACCAAGUGGAAACACUAUCUCACCGUGCACAUGCGCAAGCACAGCGGGGACCUCAGGUUACUGCAGUCAGACCACUUGUCGCAAACAGUUUUUUAUGCCCUUCCUCUGUGUUCCUAUUAACAAAAACCUUUCAGUGUUUUAAAGAGACACUUAGCAUCUUAAUAUGAAAAUACAUUGUACCCAAAAAAGUAGUUCCAUUUCAGAGAUCUGGUGUUAAAACCAAAAGUUCAUUGUUCAGGGGGAGUAAUGGCAAUGGGGUAUUUGUGUGGAGUGCGUUGGUAUUAACUGAAACCUAUAAUUUUAUUAUAGGUAUCAGUGUAACCAGUGUUCCUAUCGCUGUCAUCGUGCGGAUCAGCUGAAUAGCCACAAACUACGUCACCAGGGGAAAAGUCUCAUCUGUGAGGUCUGUGGAUUUGGCUGCAAGCGUAAAUACGAACUCCAAAAACACAUGCAAACAAAGCACUCCCAAUCCUGCCAGACACCCAUGUACCACUGCCAGCACUGUACCUACCAGACCAAAUACAAGCAAGCACUGCUAAAUCACAACAACUGCAAACACACCAAACAAAGGGAGUUUCGCUGUGCCCUCUGCACGUAUCGUACCUUCAGCAACACUAGCCUCUUCUUCCACAAACGCAAAUCACACGGCUAUAUCCCUGGGGAUAAGGACUGGCAGGAAAAAUAUGCCACCAAGCAGCAAGAGAUCAACCAGUCUGACACGUUGUUUCCGUACAAACCAGAGGAAAAUUCCCAUAACAAACAAUCUCUCUCCAUUGUCCAGAAACUUUACUCGCAAUCAUUGACUGCUCAGGGGCAAAGUGACUUGAUGGAACAGGAAACUGAAUGUUUACAGGUUGGUGAUCUAAGUGAGACAAGUGGAGAUGGCCAAGUUUCAGUGACCACUGAAUCCCUAUUGGCAACUAUGACAUUGGAACCUGUUGAAGCCUGCAACAUAAAGAUGGAGAGUUUUCCUGCACAACUUGAACUGUCUACAUCCACUGAUCUUUUGCCCAAUGACUCUUCGGUUGAGACAUUGGGUGCUUGUGAAAACUCUCUUCCUACAAAGGAUGCAAUGUUAUGUUUCUCUGAAACCUUGGCAGUGGAAGACAAUGAUAACUGUGGACAGGAGUUUGAGGAAGAGCCAAACCCACAGUCCAUAGAUCAAGCCAAGCUAGGACACUGUCCAACUGCUCAGUACAACCAACAAACAAUGCUGUGUACUCUUGGUGACAAAUAUGAAGAGCUACAUGUCCAUGCUGGUACUACUUUAGAUCUCCAGACUGGAGAAAUACCAGUAGAGGUCCAAGAGUCUUGGGUAGAAGCUAUAAAAGGUGGAGUAGAAUUAACCAUUGUAUGCGAGUCCAGUGGGCUUCUGCAUAAUGAUGCCACGGAAACUGAAGGUUCUGCCACAUCUCUAGAAGAAAAUAGUAGACCGGAUUCUGUUCUUAAAGCUUUAAGGAAGCAGGACAGAGAACAAGCGGAGGCACUUGUGUUGGAGGGCAGAGUUCAAAUGCUGGUUGUCCAGUCCAGUGCUCAAGUUUACAAAUGUGAGAAGUGUUCCUAUGUCACUAAGAAGGAAGAAAGUAUGUACCAGCAUGCCAAAACUGCCUGCCAGGUGCACAGAGACUCACUAGUAUGCAAAGAAUGCGGUGCUUGCUUCAAACAGCAGAGGGGGCUCAACACACACAUCAAGAAGAAGUGCCCAGUUAUACUCAAGAAGAAAAAAGCUGUUCUAAAGACUUCUUCUACAUCUGUAGGGACUGAUCAACAAGUGUCCAGUAGCAGUUUGCCCCAAGAGAAUAGUCAUGGAGAUGAUAUAAUAAAUAUGGUUUCGGCUUUGGACACUGUUCAGGAAUCUCAAGGGAUGGACAUUUCAGAACACAGUUUAGAAGACGUGGAGACAAUAUCUUCUUGUCAAAAUUUGGUUCAAGAGGAAUUCAAAGAAAACAUUCCUGAAAAAUGUGUUUUGUUAGAUAAAGGUGAAAUAGGAGUUUUAUUUUCACCCCAUCUCACAGGAGAAAGCCACGAUAACGUAUCUGCUCAGGAGAAUGGAAAAUACAGAUAUGAGCAGGGGAAGUUCCAUUGUCUGGUUUGUUCUUUUUCCUGCUCUAGAGAAUGUACCAUUAGUUGCCAUGUGAAGGAAAACUGCAAAGGCUUAAAAAGGAUCAUUUGUGUCCAGUGCCCUAAGGUGCUACUGUCUGAGGCAGCCUUGAGAAAGCAUCAAAAGGAGAAACAUCUAAAACUGGUUGAUCAGGAUAAAGACCAGCUGUCAGAGUGCUCUGCAGAUGAUGGAAGCCAAAAUCUGGAGGAUGUUGAGGAGAAUAUGGAAGUUUUGGGUAAUGGAAAUUACAAAUCAAAUAAUGACACUGAGAGUGGCUGUCGACUUUCUUGUCCCACCUGUUCCUUCAAGUGCUCCCAAGACAGAGCAAUGAGGACACACAAGAAAAGGGGCUGUUUGAAACCAGGGGAGCUUCACUGCCCCUUGUGCUCCUUUCGAUGCAUGUCUGUGGCAGCCUUGAAACGUCACAGAGCAUUACACCAGAAGUACACGCGUAACAGAAUUCAGCUGCAGUGCAAGCAAUGUGAUUUCAUCUGCAAACAGCCACGAUGCAUGAAACAACAUGUUCGGAUCCGCCAUGAAGGUAUCAAACCUCAUUGUUGUCCAUACUGCGAUUUCAGUACCACCAGACGUUACAGACUGGAUGCUCACGUGUCCAUGCACACUGGGGUUGGCCGUAUAUCCUGCAGUUCCUGUAGUCGUACUUUCGGGACUAACUCUAAGCUGAGACUCCAUCAACGCCGUGUUCAUGAGAAGAAACCCACCCACUUCUGUAAUCUCUGUGACUAUAGUGGCUACAGCCAGAAUGAUAUUGCACGCCACAUGGGAAGUUGCCACAGUGGUGAACUUGCCUUUCCUUGCUCAGUUUGCCAGGCAAGCUUCAGUUCCGAGGCGGCACUAAAGCAGCACAGCUUGCGGAAGCACCAAGAGAAAGAUAUCCAUGAAUGUCCACAGUGUUCCUUUACCUGUCACAGCAUUUCCACUCUUAGAUGUCACCUCCAGAAACAUCAUCUGCAGUUAGAGUGCAGCAUCUGCAAGCAGUCAUUCUCUCGACGUCUAGAUCUGGAAGAGCAUCGCAAAUCCCACUUUGCCCACCACUGCCAGCAAUGCAAAUAUGCAGCCAAAGAUAGCAAGCAGCUGGUGCACCAUUACUCCAUGGAGCACGAGAAUGUAACAAAUCCUGGCUGCGAGGGAGAAGAGAGUUUUCUCCAUUGUCCAUUCUGCUCAUUUUCUUGUCGCCACCAACUGGUUUAUGACCACCACGUCAAAGGUCAUGGGGGCACUAGACUGUACAAAUGCACAGAGUGUGAUUAUACUACCAGGAACAAACAGAAGAUCACUUGGCAUAGUCGCAUUCACACUGGCGAAAAACCAUACAAAUGCCAUCUCUGCACCUACGCUUGUGCAGACCCUUCACGUCUCAAAGUAAGUUUUUUUUUGUUUGUUUUUUUUUUAAAACACUUUUUAUAUACUAUGUGUGAUGAUGUAUUUUAAUUUAAUUUUUCUAAGAAUAAUAUUUUUCAUGGCCCUGAUAUCAUCAGCCUUCAUAUUGCAUGGUAUCAAUCAAACUGUGCAUUUUGGAGAAUAAUAUACACAUUAAAGGACCACUAUAAUGUACAUUCUCGUUUUCCUGGCACUAUAGGGUCCUUGGGUCCCCUUCACCCUCAGGGCCCCCCUCCCGCCGGGCUCUAGGGUGAGGAAGGGGUUAAUCCCUUACCUUUUUUCCAGCUCCGGGCUCCCUCGGCCCUGGGGACUCUCCUCCUCCUUUCCCGUCAUCGGCUGAAUGCGCAUGCGCGGCAUGAGCUGCGCGCACAUUCAGCCAGUCUCAUAGGAAAGCAUUCUGUAAAAUCACAGUGAGAAGCGCCUCUAGCGACUGUCAAUGAGACAGCCACUAGAGGCUGGAUUAACCCUAGUGUAAACAUAGCAGUUUCUCUGAAACUGUGAUGUUUACAGCAGAAAGGGUUAAUCCUAGAUGGACCUGGCACCCAGACCACUUCAUUAAGCUGAUCCUUUAAGUAAUAAUGAUGGUAUAAUACUCAUGAUUAUUCACCAAAACUUAAAAUUGGUGAAAAAUUGGCAAGAGAACUGCACAUUUUAUCCAAACUAGAACAUUUCUCUAGCUUAGCUGUUUCGAAUUAUAAUUUUCACUGCCCUUGACAUCAGUCCUGUGAUAGUAAGUAAUGGACAAUUCUAUAGCUAGGUGGUGGAAGCCAGCUUUUUUUUUUUUUUUUUGCUGUACAAAUUUCUGUCUCAUUUUCCAUGUUUUUUAAAGGUUUGGGAUAACCAUAAUCAAUAAAUAAACACAGAAAAAUGAAUUAAAAGAAAAAAAGUAUAUAGUACAGGUUAGACAAAUUAUAUAAACUGAAGUCUGAUAUCCUGCCUGUCACGUGGGAAUUUUGGAGAAUAUGCCAGUAAUUUAAGUGAAAUAACAAAGAAUUUGUCUUACUAUUCAUGUUGCAUGUUAUUUUUCCUUAAAGCAACACUAUAGUAUCGAGAACACAAACAUGUAUUCCUGACACUAUAGUAGUGAAAUUGCUAUUUAGGUGACCUGCUCCCUUUGAAAAGAUGACUUUUUUCCAGCGUUGUGCUGGUCUCACUGCAGCUUUCCCUGCCUCAUGAAAUAUGACGAUCUUAGCCAAAUCAAUGCUUUCCUAUGGAAUUGAAAAGCUAUGGGAGGCUAUUGACAUGCGCGGCCAAACGCUGCGUCUAUCAGCAUUUCCUCAUAGAGAGGCAUUGAAUCAGUGCAUCUCUAUAGGGAACAUUUCUGCACACUGUGCAGCACUGACUCAGGAAGUAUCUCAAGUUAGUCACUAACCACUAGAGAUGUUACAAGGCAGCAAUGUAAAUAUUGCCUUUUCCCUGAAAAGGUCGUGUUUACAUUAAACCCUGAAGGGAAAGGUUAUAGAUACCAGAACAACUACAUUAAUCUGUAAUUAAUGUUAGCUUAAGUUUGUUAAAAUCUUCUUGUAACGAAACAUUGAAUUCUCUCUCACAGUACCACAUGCGGAUCCACAUGGAUGAGAAGAAAUAUUUGUGCCCAGAAUGCGGAUACAAAUGCAAAUGGGUCAAUCAGCUGAAAUAUCACAUGAGUAAGCACACAGGUAAUAAAAUGUGCUUGUAUAUUCAUAUCUUAGGUUUUUAUGUUUGCAGCAUCUGCAGGUAUUGCUAAUAAAUACACAGAUACAUUACAACAGGAAUUUCUUCUGACAUUUUACAAUUCAAUAGAUAAAAUGUUUAUCUUUUAUUAUUUCAUCUGUUUUAUUAUCCUCUCGCUGACAUACCAUGCCCCCAUUUAAUGUAUUCUCUUUCUGCUGUGUAAAUACAGUUUUACUUUCCCCUUUGAAUCAACAAUAAAGACCCUCUCCUCCCUCCCCCCACUGCUCAGCUCAAAACAAGUGGGAGCUCUACAUUUAAAAGGGGAAAGAGGGAAACAGCGCCUUGAUGAUGUCCUCCAAGUAAAAAUAAAUCGGGAGAUAGGACAAACAAAAAAAGGAAUAUAGUGUAGUAUGGUAAUAUUGGUGUGGAGGAAAAAAGGAAGAAUUGCACUUAGUGUUUGGAGCUAUAAACUAGCUCCAAUAGUUGUGUCUGGGCGGUACAAUCCCUGCCUGAGGAUAUAGACUUGAUAUGACUUGGAGCAAAAAUAGUUUGUGCUCAUUCCAAGGGCAUAGGUGGUAUGUUCCCCACCUAGGAAAUGUAUGUCCCAAUACCAGGAUAAUAGGAAGAUUCAGAUGUUAUAUCCAAAAACUUUGUUUGAAAAUAAAGUACUAAAAAUAAAAUAUCCUGACACACUAAAACUCUUCACCCAGUAAAAUAGGCUUUUUCAAAGUGCUACAGGUGGUGGGGGGGACCUUCGCUGUUUAUAUAGUAGGAAUAGCAUUUACAAAAAGAAGUUGUGUGACCGUCCACUAAUUAACUUCAGGAGAGUACAAACUGAGUAAUAACCAGUGUAGAAUAAAAUAGGGGAAAUCUAGACUUCAUAGGAUAAUACAAUUUAAAAUAAUACAAUUUAAAACAAGGUCUAUGACACAUUAAGAACAAGGGGAAGGUGAGGUGUACCAAAAUGGCCAGAAUAAUUUUAUUUCUCAAUGUUGGCACACAAUAUUAUAUAAUAAAAAUUGCAAAAUGCCUUUAAUUAUGUUUUCAUUUGCUCCAUGCAGGUUUAAAGCCAUACCAGUGUGAAGAAUGUGACUACUGCACAAACCGUGCAGAUGCUCUUCGUGUACACAGAGAAACACGUCAUCAGGACAUCCGUUCCUUUAUCUGCGAGCAGUGUGGCAAAGCAUUUAAGACUCGUUUUCUGCUGAAAACCCACAUGAAGAAGCACAGUGAGGACAAACCAUAUAUUUGCAAAGUGUGCCAGAGCAGCUUUCGUUGGCCAGCGGGCUUACGCCAUCACUGCCUCACCCACACCAACCAGCAACCCUUCUUUUGCCAACACUGCUCUUAUAGGGCCAAGCAAAAGUUCCAGGUCGUUAAACACAUACAAAGGCAUCAUCCGGAUUGUCCAGACAUCUCCAAAGGAGUGGGAAAGGACCCCAUCUUAUUAAACUCCCCCCCUCAGGAUCCCGUCGACGCUAGCAUCCACCAGUCAACCCAGACAAUAUAA